AUGUCAUAUGACGACUGUAAUCUGUCCAAUCCACUAACCUCCCCCAUCAACCAGACUUCCAUAGGCACGGGCUACGACCUUUCCAACUCGGUCUUCUCUCCCGACGGUCGCAACUUCCAAGUCGAAUAUGCGGUGAAGGCGGUCGAAAAUGGCGGCACCGCCAUCGGCAUUAGAACAAAGUACGGAGUUGUUCUAGCUUGUGAAAAGAUCAUCUCCUCCAAACUUCUCAAACCAGGCGCCAACAAGCGGAUAGCUAAUGUUGAUCGAAAUGCUGGCAUUGUUACCUCCGGCCUCCUUCCAGACGGUCGCCACCUCACUACCAGAGCUCGGGAUGAAGCAAGCAGUUGGAGGGGAACGUACAAAGGCCCAAUCCCCAUAGCUGCUCUCGCUUCGAGAGUUGGAGGCUAUGUACAGGCUUACACACUCUAUUCCAGCGUGCGACCCUUCGGCGUGACCGCGAUCCUGGGAGGUUGGGAUUCGGAAGCUGAAGCCGGUGUGGAUGGACAAGUCGGCACUGGUCCAAAGAUUGGCACCAUGGGAAAGUCAGAAGAUGAGGCCAUCAAGAGAGGUGGACCAGGUCUGUAUAUGAUCGAGCCAAGCGGGCUGUACUGGGGCUACUACGGUGCUGCCACAGGAAAAGGAAGGCAAGCUGCCAAAGCCGAACUCGAGAAGCUCGAACUCGCCUCUCCGACUUGCUCUCUAACCCUGAAGGAUGCUGUGGUCGAGGCGGCAAGAAUUAUCUACGUUGCGCAUGAAGACUCGAAAGACAAGGAGUUUGAGCUGGAGAUCUCAUGGAUCUCAGGCCUCGACGGUCCUACCAAAGGACGGCAUGAACACGUACCACAGGAACUGCUCGAAGAGGCAGAGAAGGCGGCAAAGAAGAGCCUGGAGGGUGAUGAAGAUGAAGAGGAAGAGGAAGAUGCGAUGCAGGAGUAA